AUGGAUUUGGAAGUUAAAGGAGUUGCUGCAUCCCCUCGAAGGCAGGCUCAGCUGUCAUUGAGGGGGAAAAAACGUCAGGGCUGGAGACCAGACACACAGGCUACUCACGGUCCUCGCCCACCAGAGGUGCCAUGCCUAGAUCUAGGGAGGCUGGGAGACUCUGAUGAAGAGGUGUCUAGAAAAUCUUGUCAGAAGAAAAUAGAGCAUUCUGUUUUGGAGCAGAAGACAAUACCAGAAAAUCUGCCAUCUCCAACAGACAGGUAUAAACUGAAGUAUCAUCAGUAUGAAGCAGAUAUGAAGGAAGAAUAUAAGCAGUAUUCUCAGAGAACUGCAGAAAAGAAAAAAGAUCAUCUCCAGUGUCCAGGAGCUUCAAUAAAGACCUAUAAGAAGGAUAUUUACAGGAGAAACAAAGUUAAUCUGAAACUGAAGAAAUAG